GAUGGACUUCCAUGACGAUGGAGUUUCAAAAUAAAAUAGUGAUUGUCACUGGAGCCAGCGCCGGGAUUGGGGCAAACGCCUGUCUUUAUUUCGCUGAAAAAUUAGCAAGCAUCGUUCUCGUCGGCAGAAAUAUCAAAGCCUUGGAAGAUGUUGCUCGAAAAUGCGAACAAAAUCAUGGAGUCAAGGCAUUGGUCGUCAAGGCAGACAUAACUAAUGACAUAGAAGUUAAAAGUAUUGUCACUAAAACUGUUGAUAUAUUCGGACGAAUUGAUGUUCUGGUUAAUAACGCUGGUGUUGGAGUGAUGGCUGAUGUGACUGAUGGGGUCGAAUUCUACGAUAAAGCAAUGAACACAAAUAUUAGAUCUGCUUAUCAUUUGACAAGUUUGGCUGUACCGUAUCUAAUCGAGUCGAAAGGCAGUAUCGUUAACGUUUCAAGUGUAGCGGGAAUGAAACCUAUUGGGGAAUUGAAAUUUUUGGCCUACGGCAUGUCAAAAGCAGCUAUGGAUCAUUUUACGAAAUAUCUGGCUUUGGAUUUAGGUCCGUACGGAGUUCGGGUGAAUUCUGUUAAUCCAGGAGCGACGAAAACGGAUUUCAUAUCAACUGCUGGGCUAAAGGAUCAAGGCGUCAUGAGCAAAUUUUGUGCCACAAAAUUACCACUUGGCAAAAUGGCUGAAAGUCAUGAAGUGGCUGACUUAAUUGUGUACUUGGCGAGUGAUCGUGCGCGAAGCAUCACAGGCAGCAUCUUCGUUAUUGACAAUGGGGAAUCGUUAAAGUGA